UUUCAACCAACUAUAACACAAAAUAGACGCUCAGAAGCUCAUCUUCUUAUCUGUUAUAAAGAAAUUAAAAAAUAAAUAAAUUAAUUAAAAAAAUGUGUAAAACACGAUUUUGUUUAUUGCUGCUUAUUGUUGUUGUUAUUUCAGUCAACCAUAUGGGCGAAGCUGCGGAGCGUACUUGUCCCGAAAAUGAAUUCUAUACGUCGUGUGGUGAUAGUUGUCAAACUGAAUGCGCUACUUUGAAUCAACCUUGUUUAAUACGUCAUAUAAGAUGUCCAGAUGGUUGUUAUUGUAAUAAAGGUUAUGCACGAGAUGCUAAUAGGAAAUGUAUACCGAUAAGUGAAUGCCCUGCAAAAUAUUAAACCAUGUUUGGGAGUUUUAAUAAAAAUUAUUAACGAAUUGAA